GUUAUAGACAUGGACAGGAGAAAGUUUCCAAAGUGGCUUUUGUUUCUUGUCAAUGUUAGUUAAUCUCUUCUCUCUCCUCAGUCUCUCCCCUUUAUUCACGCCGCUCUCGCUUCGCAAUUUUCGUCUACUACUUUUUUCUUCAUUGCCAUUUGCUCAUCUACAACAAAAAUUUUCAAAGUCUUCUCUUCCCCCUGUUAGGGUGUUCCCAUCCAUCACCAUCUGUGCUAUCUCUUCCACUUGGGUUGUUCUCUGUUUUUGCUCUCUCGUUUUCAACCCAAAAUGUCUGAAUUUUCUUUGGCUUCGACAACUGCCAAGAAGAAAACUCACUUGUCUAGCCUUUUGCUCUCUGACUUUAUGCUCUUUUGUUCUUUCAUUCUCUCCCACCCACUCUACUUCUCUUACUUCAUCUUCUUCUCUCCUUACCUCUUCAAGAUUUUCUCUUUCCUUUCACCUCUCUUUGUUACUACUACUCUUUUGCUACUUGCCCUUUUCACUCUCACUCCCAGCUUUGUCAACCAAGCUGGCUCCUGCUACCUCGAAUUACCAGAAUCCAAGGUUAGUUUCCUACUAACUACCUACCAAACACUCGUUGAAACAUUGAGGUCUAAAACUGACGAUGAAAGCGAAGGCUUUGCAUGCUUGGAAGAGCUUGAAGCGUAUAAGAUCGUGUUUGAAACGUCAACUACUCUUGAAAUUAGAGAAAACCCCGAUCAAGUUUUGGAACUGGAGUCCAAAGAAGAUGGCUUGCAAGCUGUUGAAGCUCCCGUUGACAAGGGUUCGAGCCGUGAAAGCAAGAGUCUAGGUGUACCUGAAACAUUGACAAGCAUUAUUUUAGAUGAAAAAUCAGCGGAGAUUGCGCGUCCAGAAACUAAUCAGGUAAUGGCGGUAGUGAAGAUCUUUGAAGACUUCUUGCAAGAAAAGGAGGGGGUUGAAAAUUUGUCGUCCAAAAAGAGAGAAAAAGAAGCCAAGUCACUAAGCGUGGAGUCCAAUAAAGGUGAGGAACAGAAAGAAGAAGCAUUCAUGAGAAGCGGAUCCAAGGCGAUAUUGGGGAAUAAAAUAAGUGAUCCAAAAGUGAGAGCUGAUAAUGGCGGGGAGCAUGCUGCCAAAGCAAUGGUGAAUUCCAAAAGAGUGAUAGCUAAUUGGAGUACUGAAAAUGAUGGAGACAAUUCCAGUUCCAAAGUUACAGACAACAACAAAACAAUGGGUUCAAGUCUCGGGAAUUUCGGGUCAAUGAGGAAAGAAAAGGAGUGGAAGAGGACAUUGGCAUGCAAGCUUUUCGAGGAGAGACACAAUGUGGAUGGAGGUGAAGGGAUGGAUUUGCUUUGGGAGACAUAUGAAACUGAUUCCAAUAAGGUCCAACUGAAAAGCAGCUCAAAGAAAGGAAAGAAAGGUGGCAACGAGUACUACGAUGAUGAGGAUGACUAUGAGGAAGACUCAGAUGGGCAGUUGUGCUGCUUACAGGCUCUUAAGUUCUCAGCUGGGAAGAUGAAUUUAGGAAUGGGAAGGCCUAAUCUUGUCAAGAUCUCCAGGGCCCUGAAAGGGAUUGGAUGGUUGCACCAUGUUAGCAGCAGGCAUGGCAAGAAAGGGUAUCACUGAAUUAGAUUUUACUUUUUAUUAAUUUAUGCUUGAUGAGAAUAGUGGAUGUGUAUUUCUCUAAGAAUCACAAGUAAAUAUGUUCUUUGAUUUCACAUGAAAUGUAGCUCCUUUUUUCCCCCAUGUAUGGGGUUGAUGAGUGAGACAAACAAUCGCUGGAGCAUCAAGUUAAAAAUUGCAGAAAUUAAUCCAACUUGGCCUAUUGUGACUGCA